AUGGCAAUCCUGACAGGGACUUCAGGCAUCAUCACAAGUCCUUUUUACCCGGGAAAUUAUCGUAAUAACCACGAUUGCAGCUGGAAAAUCAUGGCAAGCACAGGAAAUCAAGUCAAGUUGGUCAUUCAAGACAUGGACAUAGAAAGUGGGGUUAACUGUUUCUACGACUAUAUACAAAUUCAAAAUGCUGUCAUAUAUGGUAGUGUUGUGCUUCCUGGGCGUUUAUGUGGUUCACUCACCAGCAAUUCGACUUUUUCUUCUUACAACGAAACCUUGAUUGUACGUUUUGUUACGGAUGGUUCUAAAACAGCCCGUGGAUUUAAAGCAAGAUACACUGUUAUCCCUGGUAAGUAGGAAGAAUUAUGUUUUGCAGCGCUUUGCACUUUAUCCAGUAUAGUAUGUUGCGCGGUAUCUCGGCACAAUCGCUUGUAAACACUAGAAAUUCUUGUCUGAGCAUAGACGAUUUCUGAAUUUUGUCGUCAAAGAUAGUGGUUUUUAUUUCUCUUGAAAGGUUUCCACUUUGCUCAAUUAAGCAUAUUUAAAAUCAGGGGCAUACCCAGCCAUUUUUUCCUUUUAAGCCCGAUUUGAAGAGGUCCUGAGAAAGCGAGGGAGGAGAGAUUCAUUCAUUCAUUCAGUCCUUCGUUCGUUCGUUCGUCCGUUCGUUAGUUUGUCCCUCCCUCCCUCCCUCCCUCCAUCCAUCCAUCCAUCCAUCCAUUCAUCUAUCCAUCUAUCCAUGCAUCCAUCCAUUCAUUCAGAGAGUUGUAAAACUUUGGAACUUGAAUGUAAACCGUGCUGGUAUUGGUUCUGCAUGGCGAUAAAAAAAAAAAAAAAGAUUGAACACUCCUAGUAUUAUGUAUUUGGUUGUUCAUUGAAAAAACGUUAUUGAAUUUUGAAGAGAGUGAAAACAUAAAAAUACCUAAUUAAAACAAGUGGAUUUCUUGACAUUUCAAGAGCUUUUGCUCCUUGAAGAUCGGGUCAGUAUGCGCUUCGUACCUAGAUUUUCUUACUUAUUGCCUAUAAUGUGUUGAGGACUUAGUAGAAAGCCUAGUUAUCGCCUAAGCCAUAAACAGUUUUCAGAGGGAACAUGAAGAACAGCGGGUCAUCUUUGCUCAAAAAUGUUGUGUCAAAUGAGUAAUUAGCAGUGAUUCGUCAACGAACGGGUCUUUUAGUCAAAAAAAAGUAGCCGUGUCACAGUCACACCUUGAUAAACAGUUUUUUAAUUCUUUAUAAAGAACUUUGUUACACUCAAGUACAUCUCCUAAGGUCAAUAGGGACGUGAGUGUCUCUUUAGCACUGCAUGUCUCGCUUGUGUGCACUAGAUCUAGGGAUUCCAUCAAUAUCGACGAUCGUGAGUAUAUAUUAUUAUAUCUCAGAAAAACGAGUACACAGAGAGUAAAAUGGCAACUUUCUCAGCUCUUUGUAAGGUCUUCAGUUGUUUCGUCCUUUGUAUCUUCUAACGAAGAGAUUCUAAUUUGUCACAGAAGAAGGAUGAGAGGCAGCCCGGUUCAGUUUAGUUUUAGCGAGAAUACGGCUCUUCCGACUAUGAAAUUUGAGUUACUCUGUUUGCAAAAUAGAAUUGCAGAGAGAAGCUAGUUCUUAAAGGGACACAGUCAGCUGAUGCAGAUGCGCAUUAGAUGCCAUUUCUUAGCUGAUUUGCAUGUUAGAAGACGCGCAUGAAACAGAAGUGAGAAGCGUAUCCGGAAUACUCUAAGCAAACCUUGUAGAGUUGAGCUAGUUACAAGCCGAAAUCGUGAUUACCCUAAGCCAUAUCAGAGCACUCAUUUUCAUACCAUUGAGAAUUCACCGAUGGAUUUGUCCAGACAUCGACGAAUACUUUCCAACGUUAGUAGAGGUGAGAAAUUACGCAAAGUCUGAAUCAUUGUCGAAGGUUCAAGGCCGAGAAAGAUUGAUUUUCCACGUACACGUAACUACUUACAUCGAUUUUCCAAAUAUGUAAAAUGAUUAUUUGCUCGCCAGUGUAUUUGAUUCAUUUCUCUUGUUAUUUUGGUAAACGAAGGCGAUUCCUCCCGCCCGGCUCCUACGCGUGUCCAUGUUCCUUUGGAUACUGUUUUUAACCAAAUAUGAUAAAAUAUUGUAAAUGGAUGAGUAAAAAAAGAGGUUUUCAGUAAAAGAUCGAGGAUCGAAUAAAACAGUAGGCAAGAUUGAGCGGAUUUCUAGAUGUAUCCGACGCGUACAUUUAAUUUCAGGUUGAGAUAAACGCUUUUCAAACUUGCAAAACUAGUGUUCAGGUCAGCGCGGUCCCAUAGCUGACUGUGUCUCUUUAAAUCGAUUUUCAAGUAAAGCAAACUAAAGUAACGAACCAUUUAAAUGGAAUAUUUUGUUCGAAAUUGCGUUUUACAUCGAUCAAUGCAGAAUAAACAUAGUUACCCAGAGCAUGAAAUGAAAUAUUUUUUUUAAGGCAUUGGCUAAGGAGCCAAAAAAAGUGGUGGCCAUGUGAACACAUCCGUUUUUUCAAGUACCCACGCUGGAAUUCGGGCACGGUGCCGGUGCCCGAGUACAAAUAAGGACGAGCUCGGGGUACAAAUUAGGCACCGGUAAAAAAAUUGUAACUUAACAUUUCUUUACCCACGGAGCAUUUAGGAGUUCUUAAGAAGAAAAGAAGAAAUGGAAUUUGGAAGUGUUUAUUUUUGAGGAGAGGGAAAACCGAAAUACACGGAGGAAAACCUCUCGGAGCAAGGACGAGAACCAACAACAAAGUCAACCCACAUGCAUGUAUGGGGUCGACUCCACGAUUAGAACCCGAACCAUAUUGGUGGGAGGCGAGUGUUCUCACCACUGCGCCACUCCGCAUUUUUGUUAGUUCUGGAGCAGUCCACUGCUUUGUUGUCGCUGCUAAGCUUAAGUUUCAAACUACCACUGACCGAGUUAAGAGUGGUUGUCAGAGAAAACCGAGCAAAAUGUCAAAAAUGUCAACAGAAGGGGGUCAACAGAACAAUUUCAUACUAAUAUCAUAGAUAGGUCUGGUGGAGUAAUGGACAAAUAUACCAAACAUAGGUUCUUCACUGCCCUUCUAUUAGAGAUACCAGCAUCACUUUAUUCGACCCCCUCGGACGCCAUUUUUAUAAGCAAAUUUUCACCAUUUUCUGAAACUCACAGAACCCGCAAAAUUUAACGAGCAAAGUUUACUUUUUGCAUGCGAUACAACACACCACAGAACUACUUUCUAAAACCAUAAGAUUUGUUAAGUAGCCACGGACAAGACUAAAAUUUUCUUAUUUUAUCUUACCUAAACUCAGUGUCUGGAAAUGAGCAAAAAAUCGGGCAUUUUCGAAUUGAUUUACAGCGCACAACUAAAACGACAGAACAACUCUGACAGCCAAAUUGCAGUCUAAUAUCAUCCAUGUAACCAAAACACUAAUAAUCAUUUUGGGCCAUUGAAACAGGAAAAAAUCAGAAAACUCACAUUUCUUAUAGUUUCCAAGCUUUUUUUUGCAAACAGGCCGAUCCCUUCGCGUUUAAGUCCUCUUCGUGAAUUUUCUUUUCAUAUUUCGCUGUAAAUUAUGUUCAACAACUGGAGGAAAUAUCAAAAAGCUCGAAAUACUGCCUAGGUUACAUUUUUAAAGGGCAAAAAGUGCUGAACGAUAGGAUGAAACUAGAAAAUAACAAAGCGACACCAUCUUAAAAAUUCAGCACUCAGGAGGGACUGGCACUAGUAGCUGCCUUGUCCACAAGGAUGAAUUACCAAAUGGCUAAAAAACGCACAAAAAAACCUGCUUAUCAGCGACCUAUUACAGUCCUAUUUUUUCUUCAAUUACUACUUUUAGUUAAAUUUAGCUUGUUUUGUGUUGUCGUUUUUUUUAUGGCGGAGUGAUGGGGUGUGGUGAACAGGUGACCAAUUGGUAUUACUUUAUUCGGUCUUCAUUUCCUCUUCAUUCACCUCAUUUUGACUUAUCCCGUAUAAGUCUUAGCGUUUCUUUGGACUCCUUAUUGUAUUAUCUAUCUUCAACCACCGUCCAUGUCCGAAGGUCCACUCAUCUCCUGUUCAUGAUUUCCUGAUGCACUUUUCAUAGUCCUGAAGGCUUCGCCCAAAACACUACUAGCAGAGCUUGGGGGAAGUGAUUGACUAGUUAUAAACUUCAUGGGUGGGGAGGCUGAGUAGUUGCUCCUUGGACUUGGCUGUCUAGAGACUCAGUACAGGCACCUUGUAACAGUUAAGAGUCAGGGCCCUAAUCUGACUAACUGUCAGUCACUAAACAUUUAUCUAUGUACGUUUGAGCAACUUGUUGUCCUGAGUGAGUUUUGAUUUCAUUGAGCUUAAGUAAUUUGUAUUUAUAACUUUUGAAAAGAGAUUGAGCGGUUUUCUAUUUAAUAAAAGUGACCUUAUCCAGUAAUUUGCAGUGACACCUAAAUCUGUGGAAAACUGUAAAUACGUAUAUGCCAUUUACAUCUGUAACUCAAUGCGAUAUUCUAAUUCCAUGGUCUAAUUCGUGUGAAUUUCAUGGAACUCCAUGGAGAUCAAUGGAAUUGGAUGCAGUAGUUUCAAUGGAAUUUCAUGGACCUUUUCCAUUGAAUUCCAUUGAAAUUGAUGUCCUUAUCCCCCAUGGAAUGCGAUGGAAAUUUUUUCCACGGCAAUCGAGGGAAUUCCAUGGAGGUAUUUCUUACGGUAUGAUACCAAGUUAUUUAAAGGGGCUAUGUCACGCUAUUUUCUACCUUUUUAUAAAGCUAAAGCGUGUUUUCGAAUCAAUUGAACUCCAAGAAUAAGACUAUGUUUAGGCAUUAAAACCGUUUCCUGUCCAUGGAUGGCAAGAAUGAUUGAAACUUGAAAAAUGGCCAGCCUUUUCAAUGCAAAAAAUUACCAAAAAAUAAUUAUGGCUAGUGCUCACUGAUAAAUUUUGUUUGGGACCUUCUCCAUAACUCUAAAGGGCAUUUUGUAUAAGUGUAUAGGAACUAAGUAAUGACUUCAGCAAGUAAUAUUCCUAAAAACAGCAAUAUCCUCCAGACAAACCCCCUUUAACACCAGGAUAAAUUGACUACUAUAUGAUUAAAACGCCCGAUCACUGUUGUGGGAAGUCAAAUCUCUUUAUUUUUUCCACGACCUUGACGUGGCGAGUGUUUCACCUUUUCCAAAACGAAAUGUGUUAUUAUUCUCUUGUCUUAAAUCGUCAGCGUGUCCAAAUAUGGCAAUCCUGACAGGGACUUCAGGCAUCAUCACAAGUCCUUUUUACCCGGGAAAUUAUCGUAAUAACCACAAUUGCAGCUGGAAAAUCAUGGCAAGCACAGGAAAUCAAGUCAAGUUGGUCAUUCAAGACAUGGACAUAGAAAGUGGGGUUAACUGUCGCUACGACUACAUACAAAUUCAAAAUGCUGUCAUAUAUGGUAGUGGUGUGCUUCCUGGGCGUUUAUGUGGUUCACUCACCAGCAGUUCGACUUUUUCUUCUUACCACGAAACCUUGAUUGUACGUUUUGUUACGGAUGGUUCUAAAACAGCCCGUGGAUUUAAAGCAAGAUACACUGUUAUCCCUGGUAAGUAG